AUGCUACCCCACGUUUCCCGCGCUUCGUCAAACGCGCUCCCCCUCGUCACUCGCGCCUGCUUUCGUCAAUCGCGCCUGCCCUCGUCACUCGCGCCUGCCCCAAGGCACUCGUGUCUGCCCGGGUUAGCGUGCUUCCCCUCGUCACGCGCUCUCUCCCCGGCAUCUGACCCCUCGUCCCCUCAUCGCGCGCGUUUCCCCUCGUCACGCGCGUUUCCCCCCGUCACGCGCGUUUCCCCCCGUCGCGCGCGUUUCCCCUCGUCGCGCGCGUUUCCCCCCGUCACGCGCGUUUCCCCUCGUCACGCGCUCUCCUCCCCUCGCCCCGCGCUCAACCAUUCACUCGCGCUCCAGGCGUUUCGAACCCCUCUCUGCUCCCCACCAUCCUCCCCCCAGCUCUUUCCCCGGCAUCUGCCCCCGUUCCCCCCAUCCCCUUCCCUGCUUCCCCCCAUCCGCUACCCUGCUUCCCCCCAUCCCCUGCCCUGCUUCCCCCCAUCCCCUUCCCUGCUUCCCCCCAUCCGCUUCCCUGUUUCCCCCAUCCGCUUCCCUGCUUCCCCCCAUCCCCUUCCCUGCUUCCCCCCAUCCCCUUCCCUGCUUCCCCCCAUCCCCUUCCCUGCUUCCCCCAAUCCCCUUCCCUGCUUCCCCCCAUCCCCUUCCCUGCUUCCCCCCAUCCCCUUCCCUGCUUCCCCCCAUCCCCUUCCCUGCUUCCCCCCAUCCCCUUCCCUGCUUCCCCCCAUCCCCUUCCCUGCUUCCCCCCAUCCCCUUCCCUGCUUCCCCCCAUCCCCUUCCCUGCUUCCCCCCAUCCCCUUCCCUGCUUCCCCCCACCCCCUUCCCUGCUUCCCCCCAUCCCCUUCCCUGCUUCCCCCCAUCCCCUUCCCUGCUUCCCCCCAUAAUCUCCCUCUCCGUGUGUCCUUCCACUCCCUGCCCAGGUGUCCUUCCUCUCCCUAUCGCUGCCAGUUCCCCCCGUCGCCCGUAUUUCCCAUGCUCGUCACCCUCGCUCGUUGGGAAAAUGCCCGUCGCAAGUGCGGGCCCUGCGCCCCUCCUUCCCCCCACCCUCUGCCCUGUUCCCACCUGCCCUCCCCAUCCCUGCCUUUCCCUCCCUGCCCUGCCCUUCCGUUCCCCAUCCCUUCUCAACCCUUCCCUUCCUUUUCAUGCCCUCCCCUUCCCCCUCACUCCUCACCAUACAUGCUUUCAUCAUGUGCGCUUGCUUGUAUCCCCUUGCCGUUGUUCCCUUGCACCUCACACCACCUCCCCCAUGUUCCAGUGGUGAAGCAGAGGAGCAAGCUGAGGCGCAGCUAG